CCUUCUAUGAAUAAACGAACCUAAUUUAGGGCUAAAUAACAUUUGCACAAAGUAUGGUUGUUAGUCCAUUUUGCGUUUUCUACUUGGGAGAACAUUUUCCCCCAAUAUUGGGAUGUAAGCUGCCGAGUCGCCAACGAGACUUUCUUCCCGGCUCUAUGGGCCAAUCAUUUAAAGGGCUAAUCAAAACGGCUACGGAGACUGCGCCUAACGUCUGUGCCGCUGCAUAUGGAGUAUUGUAUAUCUAUGUGUGUCCCUGCGAACACGAUCAUAAUCCCUUUUAUGUGAACGUCAACAUCAAAGACUCAUCAAAUUAGAUUCUGUUCACAUCAAAAAUAUAAUCACGGGAUGAACACUAAGUAUGGCCUGAUUUUUUUAAUCAGCUUUACAGCGAAGUGUUGAUGUAACAUGUCCAGGUCUGAUGGUUGUACACACGAAAUGGUACAGCAUGGCGUCAGAUGAUCAUGACCUGCCGGCCAGUAUUAUGAUUAUUACCGUUAUUGUUAUUGUUACCGCUAAACGUGGAACCGGAUUUUCUUAUCUAAAAAAUUUUCAAAAAUACUUCGUGAUAUACGCUAAAUCUCAUAAUUAAGAUCCUGAUCCAUCCUUGGUACUGGAGGGCUUUUUGCCUCAAAUUAAAUGGAUCCUUAUAGACGAUUUGUGGAUUGGGAUUAACACCAAACACCGGACACAUUGUCUACCGUCGAUUAUCCAAUAGCUGAUUACUUUCACGGGGAUACGAUUUCGAUUACACCGGGAUUCAGUGCAAGCCCGUACUGCAGUCGAGCAAAGCAGUCGCUAUAUACUCUGUAGAUAAAUCGUUCCCACAACUUUUAUAUCAUUCGACCUGCAUCGUUUUAUCCUGCGUCAUUCUUCUACGUGCUCAAUAAUGGAUCUAGGCGUGUAUCAUAAUUCCCCAGCAAACUGCAUUAAAAUUCGCAUUAUCAAAAGACCCAUUCACGGUCUGGGAUUUCAUUUAAAGAACGAAAAUAACAGCGCCGUGGUAGCCGGUCUUAUUGCGGGAUGCGAAGCGGAAAAAAGUAACCUUAUUCGCAUCGGCGAUCGGAUCACGGCAGUGAAUUCCAUUUCCGUGGAGAAUAUGCCAUUUGAACAAGUAUUAGCCAUCCUAGGCAAAGUCCCCGUGGAAACACCUGUCAUUCUGCUGCUGAAAGGUCCGCAAAAUUGUCGAACACAUUUGGUGACGACCUUUGCACCGGACGGGUCACCUGUGACGAUUCGGCAUACGGAAAGUAUCAACCAGAUCAGCGUAAAUGGACUGCAGCCUGACACGCGCCAGGCCGGAAAUCCCAAAAACGGUCCGCCUAUGAAUUUGGCGGCCUUUGGCAAUGAACUGCAGGAGCGGUUGUCGCGCAUUGAAGAGUUCAUUCAGGGAACAUGUCGAGUAUUAAAUGCGGUCAACACGGCUCCAGUCGCUCCGGAAGCCAGUAUUGUUCAUACGAAAAGCGUUUUGGGUGUGCAGGGAGGCAGGGGAGAGGAACAAGUUGUGGUCAGCCCUCGCAAAGGUCACAAUCUUAAUGAUGAUAUCAGUGAUAACGUUCGCAUGAACGGUCCUGUCCCGCGUGCCGUAUAUUCAGCCGUGACUUCCAUUAUCCCAUCAAAAACCGGCGAUAAUGACGAUGACGGCAUGGGCAAGACUGUACAUUUGGACAACCUGAGCACCGGUUUCAACCAGCUAGCCGCUCGUCGAGGCUCCCGAUUGGAGCCGGAAUUAGCACUGCAUCUGGAAGCAUUGCGCUUACGAUCGCCCAGUCCCACGCUGGUCAAUCGAAAAUAUGUCAAGUUGCGCAAUGUUAUGGACGGGAAAACGGCCAUGGAUACGCUGCACCGUGCCCAUAGCGAAAGCGUUGGGUGCAAUCAUCAUCGCUGUACGGCGUCUCUUAUGAACACUGCGAAGCCCCAAAACUCUCAAGCCCGAUCCAAAGAGGAAGUGCUAAUAUUAGCCAAAGAUUUCAUACGGCAGUAUUUCGAAUCAAUAAAGCGAUUAAACACUCCAGCCCAUGAAACAAGAUGGGCGGAAGUGGAAGCUCAAAUUCGCGCCUGUGGAAGUUAUGAAUUUAAAGAGCAAGAAUUGACGUUCGCAGCCAAAACGGCCUGGAGAAAUUCCCAGCGCUGUAUUGGGCGCAUACAGUGGUCUAAACUGCAGGUGUUCGAUUCACGAUUUACGGACACGCCGCGCACUAUGUUCCAAGCGCUAUUAAACCACAUAAAAUAUUCAACAAAUCGCGGGAAUAUCCGAUCUGCUAUAACCAUCUUCAAACAACGCAACAACCCCGAGCAGGACUAUCGCAUCUGGAAUGCGCAGCUGAUACGCUACGCCGGUUACCGGCAGGAAGACGGCAGUAUUAUUGGUGAUCCGGCAUCGGUGGAGUUUACUGAGGUGUGCCAAAAGCUGGGCUGGAAAGGGCCAGGUGGACGGUUCGAUGUGUUGCCCAUCAUGGUGUCCGCCAACGGACAGGAUCCGGAACUGUUUGAUCUGCCCCGGGAAGUGGUUCUCGAAGUCCAGAUCAAACACGCAGAGUACACAAAACUUGAAAAUUUGGGACUGAAGUGGUAUGCUGUUCCUGCUGUGUCGAAUAUGACCUUUGAUGUCGGAGGCGUGUUUUUUCCGGCAGUUGCCUUUAGCGGUUGGUAUAUGAAUACAGAAAUUGCAAGAGAUUUCUGUGAUACCGGUAGAUACAACCUUCUAGAGGAUGUCGCCAGCGUUUUUGGAUUUGAUUCUACUAGAGUAUCUUCACUAUGGAAAGAUCAAACGUUUCUGGAACUUAACAAGGCAAUAUUGCACAGUUUUCAGACGGCUAAUGUAACUGUCGUGGAUCAUCAUUCGGCGUCAGAAUCUUUCAUGAAACACGUGGAAAAUGAGCAGAAACUUCGUGGAGGAUGCCCGGCUGAUUGGGUUUGGAUUGUUCCUCCAUUAGGCGGAAGUCUGUUGCCUGUUUUUCAUCAGGAGAUGCUGAACUAUAAGCUUUCUCCUUGCUAUGAUUAUCAAGAAGAAGCCUGGCGGGUACACAUUUGGAAAAAGGAUAAAAAUAAGUCGAGCAACCGAAACUCUAUGAAGCGUAAAUUUGGAUUUAGGGAAAUUGCAAGAGCCGUCAAGUUUUCGGCUAAGCUAAUGUCUAAAGCACUGGCAAGAAGAAUUAGAGCGACUAUAAUUUACGCUACGGAAACGGGAAAAUCGGAAAAAUACGCCAGAACACUCUUUGAUGUGUUCAAGUACGGAUUCGACGUGAACGUUAUUUCAGCAGAGAACUACGAUUUAACACAUCUAGAACACGAAGCGCUGAUUCUCGUUGUUACAAGCACCUUUGGUAAUGGCGAUCCGCCCGAUAACGGCAAGGAUUUCGCUAGUUAUCUGCAUCAGCUUUCAUGUCCGGAUGACACCACCAGCAAAGCCGUGCCAACAUAUUCGCGAGUAACGCACCCGUUGUCCACGCAGCGCCCAUCAAUACAAGCGGCCGAAGCUCCACAAAUCGGUAUGAUGGAUCUCGGCGGUCCUUUAGGAAACGUGAGAUACGCGGUGUUUGGAUUGGGUUCCAGUUCGUACCCGCACUUUUGCGCAUUCGCCCAUUACGUCGAUCAAGCACUGAAUAAGCUGGGCGCUGAGUGUAUACUACCUAUCCACACAGGUGAUGAACUGUGUGGCCAGGAUCAGUCCUUCAAGAAAUGGGCACCGGAAGUCUUCCGGAUGGCAUGUGAUGUGUUCUGCCUGGGUGAUGACGUCAACAUGGCCGACGCUAAAGCAGCAUUCUUCCAAGGCGACAGUUCGUGGACGCGUGGGCGUUAUCGCAUUCGGACGGUGACCGGGGGUGUGGCCGAAGAUAUGCAAACCGCUUUGGCUGCCACCCAUAAUAAGACCAUUCUGACAUGCACACUGAGUGAGCGGAAAAAUCUCCAAAGUGCCCAGUCCAAUCGUCAGACUGUGCUAAUUCACUUGGAUAGUGCCGAAGAUCUUUCAUAUGUGCCCGGGGACCAUGUGGCGCUGUUCGCGCAAAACGAUCCGGCCUUGGUGAGCGCACUGUUGGAGCGCCUGAGCAUUAAGGUUUCUCCUUCACCGGUCCAGAUGGAGGUCUUGGUGGAGAAGCCGGCAGUAGGUGGAUCUAACAAGACAUGGUGCCCAAUGGAGAGACUACCGUCGGUUCCUCUUAAUGUCAUCUUUUCAUCCCUGCUGGACAUCACGACACCCCCAUCUCAAAUGCUGCUAGAAAAUCUGGCAUCAUUAGCAGCUGAUCCUGACGAACAGGAGCGAUUAAUCGUUCUCUCGAAGAAUACAGAAGCGUACGAAACUUGGAAACGCUUUAACUGGCCAACACUAAUCGAAGUCUUAGAAGAAUUCCCUUCGAUAGAAAUGGACCCCACCUUAUUGCUGGUUGAGCUUCCUUUAUUGCAGCCAAGGUUUUAUUCCAUUAGUUCGUCCCCUUUGGUCAGUGUCCGGCAGGUGCACGCUACGGUCGGAAUAGUGACUUAUCAAACCAAGAACGGCAAUGGACCUUUGCAUCGCGGCGUAUGCUCGUCCUAUCUUAGUAAACAUCCCAUCGGCGAAAAAGUGUACUGUUACCUCAGAAGUGCCCCGGGAUUCCGUCUGCCGGAAAAAAUAUCCAUUCCAAUUUAUCUCAUCGGAGCCGGAACUGGCAUUGCGCCCUUCCGCAGUUUCUGGCAGCAUCUGCUCCACACAUAUCUAGCCAAUCCGACUGGUCGCAAACCAGAGAUAACCAUUGUUUUUGGUUGUCGAAACCAAAAGAUGGAUCACAUUUAUAAGCAAGAAAUUGAAGACCUGCAAAAGUAUGGUUUACUACGAAAACUGCACCUGGCACUUUCCCGUGAACCCGGCGUACCAAAGACAUACGUGCAAGAUGUCAUACCCUUGAUUGGAGAAACAUUGCAUACGGAUAUUUUUACUCGCGGCGCGCAUAUUUAUGUUUGUGGGGAUGUCGGAAUGGCAGCAGGUGUUCACGAUGCCAUUAAGAAUGUCAUUGUCGCACGAGGUCAAACUGAGAUGGAGGCCGAAAACGUUCUGGACUCUUUGAGAAGCGGAGAUCGGUAUCAUGAAGACAUUUUUGGCAACUACAAUAUGGCUUCCGGCCUCCAGUGAGCCAAAUGGAUCGUUGUAUUCUUCUAGGGGACAACUGUUUCAGCGGCAUUCAUGUUUAUCUUUGCGUUGCGUCAUCACCGGGCUUGUUAAUUUGGAGCGGGCAACAGUAUGUCGCUUUCCAGCCGGAAAAAAUGUGAAUGUGAAAUUAAGGAGCACGACGUUUUUUGAUUAGCAGAACUUCGACAUACUGCAGUUUUUACUGUUUUAUUGGCUAGUCUUGGGAUAAUUUGGCUGAAUACAUUAUCCUUCUGGUAAUUAAUUUGCUGCAUGUAUUUGCCGGCAGAGCUUUCUAUAAAUUAGAGAAAGAACAUAUGUAUGUAGAAGUGCUAAUUUAUAAAGCUUGAUAACG